AUGGCCAUUUUGGGAUCCAUGAUUUUCUCUCAAAAUAAUUGCAUUCCAAUCAGAGAUGUGGAAGAUUACCUGGUAGAAGGUUUGCAGAAUGAGAACCUUAGCACCAGUGCGUGGGAGAACAGAGAUGCGAUUUUACGGGGCUUCCAGAAGAUCAAAGCCAGAUACCAUUUGGAUUUCCAGCCCCGAGGAGGUGAUCAACCUGAAAAUUACUCGGGGCAGGACAGCUCUGAAGACAAUCCCAGUGGGACUCAUGGCCCUUUCUUAAUGUCAGAUGCAUCUUUUAUGUCAGAUUAUCAGGAUGAAGAAAUGGAAGACAUCAUCACAAAAGGAGCCCAGGAGCUGGAGGAUAUAAUAAAGCAGGGGUACCUGGAGAAAAAAUGCAGAGAUCAUGGUUUCUUUGGCUCCGAGUGGCAGAAGCGAUGGUGUGUUGUCAGUAAAGGAAUCUUCUACUACUACUCUAAUGAGAAAAGUAAGCAACCCAAAGGGACCUUUUUCAUCAAGGACUACAGUGUGCAGAUGGCCCCCCACCUGCGAAGAGAUUCCAAGAAAGAAUCCUGCUUUGAGCUGACCUCACUGGACAGACGUAGCUAUGAGUUUACAGCUAUUAAUCCAGCCGAAGCCAGGGACUGGGUGGACCAAAUAAGUUUCUUGCUGAAGGAUCUAAACUCCUUAACCAUCCCCUAUGAAGAAGAGGAAGAGGAGGAGGAGGAGACAUAUGAUGAUAUUGAUGGCUUUGACUCCUCAAAUACUGGUCCACAUGGCAAACCCAUUAUCUUUCCUGGGAAUAAACAAGAAGAAGAAGAUAUAUAUGAAGUCUUACCAGGAAACUAUGCUAAUUAUUACCAGGGGCUUUGGGACUGUACCAGUGACCAUCCAGAUGAAUUGCCCUUCCAGCGAGGGGAUAUCAUCCGAAUCCUGAGCAAGGAGUAUAACAUGUAUGGCUGGUGGGUAGGAGAACUGAACAACCUCAUCGGGAUUGUUCCAAAGGAAUAUCUCACGGCUGCCUUUGAAGUGGAAGAAAUAUGAAGCCUGCCAGCACCUGGCACCUCAGACAGGCCAUGAGGGUGGAAGCGGCAUCAAGUAAAUUAUGCCUAAGCAGGUAUAUGCAGAGACCUGGGAGAAGAGCUGAAGAGCCAAGCUUUGAGGAAGACACCCUUUCUGCCACUGGUUAACCCAAGCACUGUACUCCCCCUGCCCGAUGCAGAAGGGCUGCUGGGCAUAGCUCUCAGUCAUUAUUUCCACACUGAUAAAUUCAUGAUUUAUUGAAGUAACUU